AUGUUAAAACAAUCAUUAACUGUUCCAGCACUCGGGCUAUCUAGUGCAGCUCUCUUUUUUUGGGGAUCAUCAUCAUCCACCUCAACGCCAGCCCCAUCUGCACCUGCUCCUGCGGGAAUGCCAGCAGGAUUGCCAGUAGGAACACCUAACAACGGUAAAGGCACUGAUGUCAACGCUUCGAAUACAAGUGACAUCAAUCCUGCGGCGUUUUUUAAGUAUGGAUUUCCUGGUCCUGUCCACGAUAUGAGCACACAUGCUGAAUUUCUCACUGUCUACGACAGACAAACUAGAAAUCCCUAUUAUGUUGUUGAACAUAUAACACCUCAAUCGAUUGCAAAGAAUGGAAGUAAUGGAGACCGUAAGAACUCUGUCUUCAAGGAAGAUGAAAGCAUACCUGAGAAAUUCCGUGCUAGAUUGAGAGACUAUUUCAGAUCAGGUUACGAUCGUGGUCAUCAAGCACCUGCAGCAAACGCUAAGUUUUCACAGGAAGCAAUGGACGAGACUUUCUAUUUAACCAACAUGGCACCACAAGUAGGUGCUGGAUUCAACCGGGACUACUGGGCGCAUUUUGAAGACUUCUGUAGAAGAUUGACAAACGAUUACAAUUCUGUUCGAAUUGUCACAGGACCACUCUAUCUGCCAAAAAAAUGUGAUGAUGGUAAGUAUAGAGUCUCUUACGAAGUUAUUGGCAACCCUCCAAACAUUGCAGUUCCAACCCAUUUUUUCAAGUUGAUUGUUGCAGAGCAAUCCAAAAAAAAAAGCGUCGGUAAUGAAGAUCUAGCGGUUGCUGCAUUUGUCAUGCCAAAUGACGUGAUUUCGAACGAGACACCAUUGACCAGUUUCCAAGUACCAAUUGAAUCGUUAGAGAAAUCAAGUGGCUUGGAGUUCUUGAAGACUGUUGACAAUCGGAAAAAAAAAGAGUUGUGUAGAGAAGUCAAGUGUGAAAUCAUUGUCAGAGAGUUCAACAACGCAUUACCAAAAAAAUAG